AUGUCUGCUUUUGCCACGGAGCGUAAGAGGGAUAAUGUGGAACGACAAGUUCACUUCAAGAUGGGUAAAGCAAAGUACAUCAGUAUCGUUGAUGGUGGACUGGUGGACCCAUCUGGAAUAUGCCAUGCUCCCACUGAGGUCAAGCCGCAGGCACUUGAGCAAGGAAACAUCAGGCAAGUUUUGAUGCAACACGCAUUGGAGUUUGUUGCAUGGAUUGCAGAGAUUUUGGGCUUCUAUGGGAUUAGCGGAUGGGUGCCAAAGGAUAAGAUCCUCAAAAUCAAGAGGUGUGCUUGA